GUUCAUGUACUUUAACAUUAUCGAUGAGUCUUAACCUUUAUGAAAAAUCACGUAUUAAAAAUCUUGCAGAUGAACGUGAUCAUAUACAAAAAUGUUUAUUUACUAAUUGGAUUAAUGCACAAUUAGAUGGAGUAUUUUCAUCAGAAUUUCUUAAUUAUUUAUCAUAUCCAAAUGAAUUACAUAAUAAUUGGACUAAUCAUCAUUCAAUGAAUAAAUUAUCACAUUCAACAUCAUGGGAAUUAUCAUCAUCUAUACAUAGAUCUCAUACUAUUGAACAUACUUAUUUAGUUAAAGAAUUAUAUAAUGAUUUACGUGAUGGAAGAAUAUUACUUCGUCUAUUAGAAUUACUAUCAGGAAGACAAUUUACAAAAAUUAAUCAUAGUCGAAUGAGAAUCCAUCAAUUAGAAAAUAUCAAUAAAGCACUUGAUUUUCUUUAUGAAGAAGGAGCACAUCUUGAAAAUGUCGGUGCACAAGAUAUUGUCGAUGGUAAUCCAAGACUUACAUUAGGUCUUAUAUGGACAAUUAUAUUACAUUACCAGGUUCAGGAUAUAGUCAUCAAGGAAUCAGAUGAAACUGGUGAAGUUAAACAUGCAAGAGAUGCUUUACUUCUUUGGUGCCAGCUUAAAACAGCUGGAUAUCCUCAGGUUGAAAUUGUUGAUUUUACAAAAAGUUGGCGUGAUAGUUUAGCAUUUGCCGCUUUAUUACAUCGACAUUAUCCAAAUUUAAUUGAUUAUAAUCAAAUAUGUCAUAUUGAUAAUUUACAAAUACGAUUCGAUAUGAUCUUUCAACAAGCCUAUUUACAUUUAGGUAUACCAAUAUUAAUUAAAUCAAAUGAUUUUAUUCAAACAUGUUGGUUAGAAGAACGUUGUGUUAUGACUAUUGUUGCAACAUGGUAUCGUUAUUUAACUAAUUCACAUAAUAUCAAAUUAUCAUUAGAACGUAUUAGUAAAGUAAUUCAACAAAGCUUAAUCAUAAGUCAUAAAAUAUUUAAUUAUAUUAAACAAACUAAACGAUGGUUUAAAUGGUCUAAUGUUAAUAUGAAUCAAAUGAAUCAGUUAUUAUGCAAGAUACAAGAAUCGAAUGAAAUUAAAAAUCAAUUGGAUAUAAAGCAAGAAUUACAUAAUUUAUUAAUUUGGCGUCAAAAUGAAAAAUCAGAAAAAAUGUUUGAAUUAGUUCAAUUAGAAACCCUGUUAACUGAAAUUCAUACUAAUCAGUUGGCUGAAUCACAUCGAUUAUUCAAACCACCGAAUGGUUACAAUCUUAGUGAUUUAGAAGAAUCUUGGCAAUGUUUAAUUACAGCUGAACAUAAUUGUCAUUUAGCUAUUGUAGAUGAAUUAAUUCGACGAAAUAAUUUAAAUAUUUUAAUUACAAAAUAUCAAAAUAAAAUUCAAUUAUGUUUUAAUUGGUUAAAUGAAAAUAUACAAUUAAUUCAUUUAAUUAUUAAUAUGAAUAAUAUAAAAUUUUUUGAACAAUUAAAUCCAAUUGAAAUUUAUUUAAUGAAUAUAAUCAAUAAAAAUCAAUUCAAUGAAUUUCCAUUGAAUAAUUUAAUUCAAUUACAAUAUUUAAUUAUAAUAUCACAAUAUAAACAUACAAUAUUGAUAAAUAAUAUUAAAAUAUAUUUUAAUAAUAAAUUUAAUAAAUUAAAUAAUUUAUUAUUAUCUAUGAAUAAUAAUAAUAAUAAUAUACAAUAUAUAAAUCAAUAUAAUAAACAAUUAAAUAAUUUAUUAAAUAUUUAUAAUAUAUUACAAUCUAAAUUAAAUCAUUAUACAAAUUAUUUAAAUUUUAAUCAAAAUUGGUUAAAUUAUUUAUUACAAUUAAAUAAUCAAUUAUUGAUUAUUCAUAAUCAAUUAAUACAUAUUAAUCAAUUAAUUAAUAAUAAUAAUUAUAAUAAUCAAUAUAAUUUAAUUGAUAUUCAUUUAAAUCAAUUUCAAAUCAAUAUGAAUCAAUUAAUGAUAUGGAUUAAUUCUGUAAAAAAUUUAUUAAAUUUAAUCAAUAAUUAUGAUGAUAAUAAUAAUGAUACUAAUAAUGAUAAUAUUAAUAAUAAUAAUAUCGAUAAUUAUAAUACUACUAUUGACAAUAAUCAUAAUAAUAAUGAUAAUAUUAAUAAUAAUAAUAAUAAUGUUAUUAAUUAUAAUACUAUUAAUGAUAAUAAUAAUAAUAAUUUAUCAAAAUCAUAUUUACAAAUGAAUAUUAUAACUAAUAAUGAUAAUAAUAAUACUAAUAAUGACAAUAAUAAUAAUUUAUCAAAAUCAUAUUUACAAAUGAAUAUUAUGAAUUGUUUAAAUUAUAUUCAAUUAUAUCAAUUAAAUCUUGAUAAUUAUUUAUUUGAUUUAAUACAAUGGAAUAAAAUAUGUCAAAAUGUAUAUCGUUUAUUAAAUGAAAUGAAUGAUGAAUUAUUAUGGAUUAAAGAUCAAAAUGAUUCAAUUAAACCUAUUGAAUUUCUUAAAGAAGAACUUACUGAGAAUUUCAAUCAAGUCAAUAUACAAACUCAUCAUUUACAAAGUAGAUUACAUUUACUUAUGAAUGAAUUACAAUUAAAAUAUGGAAUUAAUUAUUAUAAUCAACAUUAUUAUUUUAUAUCAAAUCAAACAUUAUAUAAUAAAUUACAACAAAUUAUAACCCAUUUAAACUGUAUGAAUUUCAAUCAAUUAACUAUAAAUGAUAUUUCUUUAAUGAGUAUUAUUCAAAAUAUACAUUAUGAUGAAUUCAAGACCAAUGAAACACAAAAAUAUGAUGAAAAUGAAAUAAUCGAGAAUUUGAAAAAAUGUCCAUUAAUACGAAUCUAUGAAGAUAUUAUAACAGUUUUAAGUAAUAUGCAUUUAUCUAAUUUUACAUUUGAUCAUUCAAUAUCUAUUAGUUGUCAAAUUAUUCAACAUGAAGAACGUUCUAUCAAAGUAAUUGAAUUCAUUCAAUUAUUACAAAAACAAUGGAAUAAAUUAUUAAUAGGAAUUAAAGAAAUACAUGUCAACUUAAUAAUAUAUAAGAAAUAUUUAAAUGAAUUAUAUAGCUUAAUUAUACUUAAUACUAAAAUUGAAGAAAUUAAUUUAAGAAUAUAUGAAACAUAUCAUAGUGUCCUGUCAAUAUCUAUGUUUGCCGAUUCUCUUGAAGAUCUAGUUGAAUCUGUUAAAGAUAAAUCAAUACAGAAUGAAGUAAUUGAUACGAAUAAUGAACAAAAACAAGCAUUGAUUAUUCAUAAAAAAGUUAUUACUAAUAUAUUGGGGAAACAAAAAGCUUUAACAAUUGAUAAAGAAAUUGUUAUUAAUUCCACAUUAAGACAAAUGGAUCAUAUAAUUGAACAAUUGAAAUUAUAUACUACUUAUUUAAAUCAAUUACAAAAUGAAGUAUAUAUCUUUUUACCAUCUAGAUCUAUUUUGAAUGAUAAUGAUUAUACAGAAUUUCUUCAUUUAAAAACUAAAUUAAAUAAUCUUUCUAUAUCUAAAAAAUCUUGUAUAGAAGUAACUGUUCAAUCUGAUAAACAACAACAACAACAACAACAACAACAUGAAGAUAGUGAUCAUAGUGAUGAGAUUUCUAUAACUGGUCUACAAACAGUUGGUUCAUCAUUUCAAGAAGAUGUAGAUUCUAUUAUAUCUAAAUCUAUUCUUGAUGAAGAUACAAAAGAGAAGAUAGAUCAAAAUCAACUUCCAGGUAUAAUUCAAUUAAAUGAAACAUUAAAUUUACAACAAACUAAUUGUGAAAUUGACUUAGUUACUAAUGAAUCAGAGAAUAAUCUACAACAUUUAUUGUUUACAUCAAUAAAAUCUAUUACUAAUAAUAAUAUUGAAUAUAAUGAAAAUGAUCAAUAUAUUAAAGAACAUUAUAGAACACCAAUGAAUACUCCUGAAGAACAUGAAUUAUCUAUAUUAUUAUUACCACAUAUAUCAAUAAUUGCAUAUCAUUUAUUAAAUCGAUUAAAUUUUAUUCAUAUGCAUUAUAUAGAUUAUUUAAAAGAUAGUUUAAAAAUAAGAGAUAAAUUAGAAUUUCAACGAAAUAUAUUACGUCUUAUUGAUAAUAUUGUAUCUAUGGAAAAUUGGAUUAAAGAAAAGGAAAGAAUUUUGUUAACAUUCAAUCCUAUAAUCUAUCCUUCAAUGGAAUUUAUAAAAUCUUUACCAGAACCAUGUCCUAUUAUUAUUACAGAAGAAAUUAUACAUUCUAUAUCACAACUUUCUAUACAAGCUUAUCGUUUUAAAACAUUUGAACAUGAAUUAAUAAGUCAUGCAAAUUUAAGAUUAAGUGAAAUUGGUAUGCUUCAUGAAGGUGUAUUAGAUAAUUUAAAGAAAUUUGAUAAAGAAAAAGAUUUCGAUAUUCUUCAAUUGAUUCAAUCUACUAUAAAACUUAAUUUAACCAUUGAUGAUUAUGUCGAUGAUGAUGUUGAUGAUGAUGAUGAUGACGACGAUGACGACGACGACGACGAUUAUGAUGAUGAUCAAGAGGUACAAGAGGAAGAGGAGAGUAAUGAAAUCAAAGAUAAAUUAGAUGAAAUUACUAUAAAUAAAGAAAGUAAUCAAGAGUUUAUUGAAACUGAUCAUGCAGAUAAAACACUUUACUUACGUACAUCAAAAGGUGUUAAUAAUGAAAAAACUGAUGAUAAUAAUGUUUACACAUCAAAAUAUUCAAAACUAUUAGAUUAUAUUAAUAAGAAAUGGCAACAUUUAAAACUACUGAUCAAUUCACAUCAUGACAGAUUUGAAUUAGCUGCAUCUUUAUCAAAAUUUUAUACAUUAUGUCAAACUACAAAUGAAUGGAUAAUACAUAAAAGAGAAUUACUUAUUUCAACAGAUGAUUUAGGUACAGAUUUAAAUAGUGUUAUGCAAUUACAAAGAAGAUUAUUAGGUUGGGAAAAAGAUUUUAUUGCAUUACAAAAUGAAAUACAAAAUCUUAAUAUAGAAGGUGAAAGAUUAUUAAAAGCUCUUAUAGAAGAAGCACCUAAAAGAAGAGAUUUAUAUCUUAUCUCUGGUGAAUUAUAUGCUACAAAAGAAGUGAAUCAAUUAAGAUUAAAUUUAAAUCAUGAAUGGGAAUUAUUACAAAUAGAAUUAAGAAAUCGUCAUGAUAAAUUAUUAGCUUCAGCUGAAUUACAACAAUUUUUUCAGGGUUUAGAUGAUAAUCAAUUAUGGUUACAUAAUAUUGAAAUACGUGUAGCAACACAUCAAUUAGCCCAAUCUGUAGAAGAAGCUAAAUUAGAAAUUGAUAUACAUAAUGAAUUAAUUAAACAAAUUUUAACACGUAAAGAUGAAUAUAAUGAUUUAAUAAAUUAUGGACGAUGUAUUACAGCUGGUGAAACAGAUUUACAUUAUAUACAACUUGAUCAACGUUUAGAUAGAUUAGAAAAUGGUUGGAUAGAAUUAAUGCAAAUGUGGACAUAUCAACAAAAAGUUUUACAACAAAAUUUAAACUUUCAGAUAUUUUUACGUGAUGCACAUUCAUUUGAAACUUUGUUGUCAACACAAGAAAGUAAACUAAUGAAUUAUCAAUUGAUAAAACAAAAAAAUAUAACCGAUAUUAUUACAUCAUUAAAAUCUCAAAAUGAAAUUGUACAAUGUUUAUUAAAUGCUAAUGAUUCAUUAAAUAAUUUAUCUAAUAUUGGAAAUCAAUUAAUUAUAGAUAAAAUAUAUUCAAUGGAAAAAAUAAAAAAUAAAAUUUUUUUAAUAAAAAACAGAUAUACCACAUUACUUGAUGAAGCUCGUACACUGGUAGAUUCAACUAAAGAUUUAAUAGCACUUCGGGAGGACAUGCAACAAAUUCAAACGCUUCAAGAAUGGCUUAUAGAAAAGAAAGAACUUGCUGAAGAAUAUGAUCAAGCAAGUAAACUAUCAAAUAUGAGUUCGCUGGUACCAUAUAAAGUAUUUGUCAGUAAACAAUAUACACAGCAUCGUAUACUUGAAAGUGAAAUUGAAGCUAAUAAUGAUCGUAUUCAACAAGUUUGUCAACAUGUUGCUAAUACCAUUGUACAAUAUCCACGAAUUGCGGAUCAAUUAAGUGAAUCACUUAAUAAUUUUAUGUUACUAUGGAAGAGUCUACGUAAAUUAAUACAGGAAAAAGGUGAUUAUAUGAUUCAGUUACACAGGGCAAUUAUAUUUGAAGAUGGUUACAAUGAAUUAAAUUGUUGGUUAAAUAAAAUUUUUAUAGAAUAUUUAUCAUUUCAAUCAUUUGAUCAAUUCAAACAAUUCGGCGAACAUAUUCAAACCGAUUCAUCAAUCAUCAUUGAAAAUUUCAUAGAACAAUUAACAUUAGAAUAUACUACUACUACUACUACCACUAAUAAUACUACUACUAUCACUACUACUACUACUAAUGAUAAUAAUAAUAAUAAUGGUAAUAUGACAAUGUUUGAAGGAAUUGAAUCAUCAACAGAGAUUUUGGAAUAUCUUAUACAAGAGAAGUAUAUAAAUCAAAAUUGGACAAAUCAAGCUAAUAUACCUGGUUUUAAUAAUAUAAAUGAAGUAUCAUUAUAUUUAAAUAAAACUAUGGAAUAUUUAAACAAAAUGGAUAUAAAGAAAAAGAUUCUAGUUGAACUACAUGAUCAUUCGAAGAUUCUAUCAAAUUUGGAUAAUCAAACUGAGAAUUCUGAAGUUAAGUCAAAAAUCUAUAGUUUAAUUAAGAAAUUUUGGAAAAUUCAAAUAUUUAUUUAUCAACAUACUGAAGAAUUGAAAGCACAAAAACACAUUUAUCAACUUUAUAGAGAUUUAGAAAAUGAGAGAAUUUGGACUCAUGAAAAACUUCUUUUAGCUGAUAACACUUAUAUUGGUCGUUCCUUAUUCGCUGUAAAUCAGUUGAUCAGACAACAUCAAUUACUUAUAAAAGAAGUAAACAAUAGAACAAAUAGAAUACAAAUCACUAUACAAGAUGCCGAUAAUAUUAUUACAAAAUUUCAAUCAAUUUUUAAAGGUAUCAUAAAUGAUAAUCAACAAUCAAUAAUUCAAUCUAUUGACAAAACAAUCACCAUAGCAACAAAUGAUGAUAAUGAUUUUAUUCAAUAUGAAUUAUCAUCUAAUUUAGGUGUAAAAUAUAAAAUUCCUUUUAAAAUUUUAAAAAAUUUAUAUCAACUACUUAUAGAAUUACAUUAUGAUUUAAAUAAAUUAAAUAAUCAUAUAAUAAAACGUACAGAUCAAUUAAAUAUAGGAUUAAAAUGUUUUAUACAUCUUAAUGAAUUUAUUGAAUUACGUAAUUGGUUACAAGAAUGUGAAGAUUUAUUAUUAUUAGAAUCCAGUGCUAGUCGUGAUAUAAUAACAACUAAAAUUGAAUUAAAAAAAUUUGCAAAUAUUGAAUAUCGUGUUAAUAUAUUAUUAGCUAAUUGUAUUUAUGAAUUUAAUCAAAAAUCAUUGAAAUUAAUAAAUGAAUUUUUGGAACAUAAAGAAAAAUAUAAAAAUCAAUUGGAAUUAAUUAAAACAAAUGAAAAUUUAGAAAAAGUUGUACAAAAAUUAUCUGGAAUAUCAACUCAAAAACAAACUGAUCAAAAUCAACAAUUGCAGUCUAUUGUGCAUGAUGAUGAAAAUAUAAAUAAAUUAAAACAAAAUUCAUUUGACAAUUUAAUAAAUCGUCGUAAAUUACGUAGUCAAAUUAAACAAAUACGUAAACGUAUUCAAAUGAUACAAUCUAUUCAACGUAUUAUGGAUCGUCAAUAUUCAAGUUUAUUAGAUGUUUGUGUACAGAAACGUCAACGUUUAGAAGAAAUUCUAUCAUUGAGUAUUGUAUAUGAAGAAGUUUCCGAGUUGAAAAGUUGGUUAAAUCAACAAAUCCUUAUAGCUUCAUCAACAUAUACCGGUCGAAGUUUAAAUGAAUGUGUACGUCUUAUUAAUCGAUUUGUACAUUUUGGUGAAAAUCUUCUAGGUGAAUCUUUUACAUCAUUUGUAGAAAUUGAACUACGUUCAUUUGAUCCUAUAUCAACAAUAUAUCCGAUGAAUAUAACUGAUCAAUUUGUAUAUACAUCUGGUUUUGCUAUUGAACGUAUUGAAAAAGUUAUGAAUAUGUGUCGUUGUUUAAUACGUACAAAACAUUCAGAUUCUCCACGUAUUGCAUAUUGGCAAGAUAUUAUUACAGAAACAUGGGCUGAUUUACAUGAAUUAAUUUAUUCAAGAGUUAGAUUAUUAAUAUCAGCUGCUCAUCGAUUUAUUUUUUUAACUCGUUGCUCUGAAACUUUGAAACUUGUUCAAGAAAAAUCUGAUCAAUUAUCUCAAUCAAUUGGUAAAGAUGUACAAGCUAUAUGUAAACAAUUGUCGUUAUUAUGUGCAUUUGAACAAGAUGUUCAAGCUCUUGAACCAUUAAUUAAUUGGGUAGAGAGAUCAGCUGAUUAUCUUCUUCCUCUUUAUUCUGGAAAUUGGAUUAAACGUUUAAAAAAACCACAUGAUGUUCUACUUUCUGUUUGGUAUCAACUUAAAGAUAAUACACAUCUUCGUCGUAUAAGAUUAAAUCAUGCUAUUGCAUUAUAUCGUUGGAUAUCUAAUUUAGAUAUACUAUUUAAUUGGAUUCAACAAUGUGAAAAAGAAUUAGAACGUAUUGAAAUGGAUAUAUGGAAUAUUAAUCCACAAUCUACUAUUAUCAAAAAAUCGAAUAACAUCACAACUGAAAAUAUAAAAUUUGCCAUUGGUCAAACACUUCAAUUGCGAGCUGAACUAAAUGCUAGAGAUGAUAAAGUCAAAUCAUGCUUAGAAGAAGGUAAAAGAUUGAAAGAUUCAUUCAAACAACAUUUGAUGCAAUAUGAUAAGUCAAAAUAUGAAAAGUGCCAUCAACCAUAUGAAAUGUCUCAGUUAUAUUUGAAAACAGAAAUGGAAAGACAACAUGUAACCAAUAAUUCAGCUGAUGAAAUAGAAAUUUGCAAGAUCAGUGAACAGCGGAAAAAUUCUCCAAAAAAUACUUUGCAAAAUUUGAAUGUUACUGAACAACAUAGUCGAACUGGAGUAAUUAGAUCAAAUUCCUCUAAUCCUUACCUUGAAUCUGUAAGUGCAAAUUAUAGUCAGAAGUCAGGUUCAUCAUCUUUAGCAUUAAAUCAACUGAAUUUACAAAAUGAUAGUCAAAUGAAUGAUGAAGAAAAUCAAAUAAUAACAGAUCUUCAAUUACGUAUGAAACGAUUAGUAACAUCAUGGUAUAAUUUACAUAUGAAAUGGCAUCAAAUAUAUGAACGAUUAGAAUUACAACUUAGUAUUAAUGAAUUUGAAAGUGUCGCAGAUUCUUUGGAACAUUGGUUAAUACUUCAUUCACCAGAAGUAGAAUGUUUAGAUAUGGGUGAUUCUAUCAAAGAAACACAAAUAUUAAUUGAUCGAUUAAAUGUUCUGGAACGGAAUACUUUGCCACAAAUCAAUAGAUAUGAAAAAGUUAAACAACUUACGAAGUUCGAACUCGCUGAGAUCAAAGAAAAUAUGCUUAAUGUGCCGAUAAGCUGUGUAAAUAUUGUUUACAAUUCAGAUACAGAAAAUAUACAAACACUUUUAAAGUAUUAUGAAUUGAAUGAAAAAGAUGUAUCAAAUGAUUUGGAUGAUUGUAAGAAGAAUGUCGACACGUCACAAGAGAAUUUAAAGGAUACUACUGAUUCAACUGAAGUUAGUCGACAGGUGGAAGAAAGUUCACAACAUUCAUUCGAUUCUAUAAGUGAUUAUUUAAUGAGAAAACAUGAAUGGAUUAAUCAUAGUUGUAAAUCACGAGAUCGUUCAUGGUAUGAAUUGUAUAUGGUUUUAAAUAAAUCAGUGAAACGACUGUUAGCCUAUAAAAAUAAAUCUGAUUACAAUGAAGAUAAUCCUCAAUCGAAUACAUUUCGUGGAGAGAUUGGAUUACUGGUUGGACAGAAUCUAAUAACUGCCAAUGAAACAAAGGAUUAUACAAAACGAACAAACACGUUUCGUAUUACAUCAACUGCUACCGGAGCUCGAUAUCUAUUUCAAGCUCAAACCAGUGAAAUUAUGAGAAAGUGGCUUAAUCUAAUACAAAAUAUCAACCGACAAACAAGAUCAACAUUAGGUCCAACUAUUAUCACUUUAUCUAGACCAUCUGAAGAAUUCCAGAAUCCUUUAGUCAUUGUAGAUAUGCAUGAAACAUUCAGUACGUCGAAAAAAUUAACUUUAACACAAAUUCUCAAAUCAAAAACAACUAAUCAAAUAUCAUGUAUACGAAGACAUAGUUCAACUCAGGAUAAUGAUUUUACAAAUAAUAUGUUAGAGAAUAUAGAAUCAACACAAUGUCGAAUGAAACGAUUUCCUUCAGUACGUACAAUGAAAGUAUUUUCACCAAGACAAAUGAAGGAUGUCGACGUUAUUCAAAGUGUCGUCCCCUUCUGUAUCACAGUCUGUGUUGGGACAAAUGGUUGUUGCAUAAUUACGUGAACACUUGAACAUCAGAUUUAAUUUCAAUGAUACAUUGUCCGUUCCAAGCCGUUGAUCUAUAUCUAAUUGACAGAGAAAAACAUAUCUGUGUAUGUGGUAGUAUGAACUGGUUAUUGUAGUCAGUAACAGUAUGAUUCAGAUUAUGAGGUAUUUGAUAUAGUGUCUCGUUAAGCCUACUUGUGUGUUUUACGUAUUGUUAAUAAGUAGUGUGUUGCAAGUAUUCAGUAUGAAUUACUACAUAAAUAAACCACAUGCUCUUAGGGUUACGUGACAUUAACUCAUACAACCCAAUGUUCAUUACUGUUCCAAAUGAUCUUUUCACGGACUUUUUCUGUAUGGUGUAGAGUGCUCAAGAUAGUUGGCAUGAUGUGUAGUGAAUAUUUUGUGGUCAUGAUUCAGAUGGUUGCGGAAAGAGAUUUAUCCAUGUAGCGUUUACGAUCUAAGGAACCUUAGCUGAUUUAAUGAGCCAUUCGCGGUUUCACCGUUUUAAGGUAUGCACUUUGACAUGCAUGGCUUAAUCUCUGAGACAAGCAUAUGACUACUGGCAGGAUCAACCAGUUAGCUCACAGUUAUAUAAUAUACCCUUAUGGGCCAGGGUAAUCUUGCACUGGUUUUCA